AGCGGUUCUUUUCACUCCCCCCCCGCUCAGAAAUUUUUCCCCGAAAUAGAUAUCCAUGAAGUUUCGAAAACAAAAUGUAAAGUAUGCACAAGUGCAACAACAACAUGAACAUGAUGAUGUGUGUCUGUCGUGUUGUACACCCUAUUUUUUAGAAAUGUCACCAAUUUCUGGCUAGUAAUUCGUAGCAUUUAUUCCCUCGUGCUUUCCGCACAAAAUUCAUUCAGAAAGUAAGGAAGCUUAUUCUUUAUUUCUUCGUACGAUUCGCUUCUACUUCUUUUAUGUUGACCACCUCCUGUCAGCUUCAUCGUGGAAUGAUAUUAGCGUGUGGUCGCCCGCCGCGGCGCCGGGCGACCCUGAAGACGAUGUAGUUGCGCGGCUUGUUUAUCGCUUUCUAGAAUUGGAGAAUUGACAGCUGCGAACAAACGUUCUAUUUUCAUCAUGUCUCACGUUCCGUGCAUCGGAGUGGCGACCACAGGCGCUUUCGACGAGACAGCAAGAACUCCAAGACGAAAGCGACCCCACUUCUACAAGAACCGGGUGGCGGGUCUAAGAAUUACAAGUAGAAUUACCGGGGCAAGCGCCGGGUAUUUGCUACUGUUUCUGGUUUGGCUAUUGGGAAGAGCAGUGCAUCACCUUCUGGUGCAGCACCCCUUGCUAAGGCAAGAAUCCGAAUCGUUGCCACUAGUACAGCAACCACCUCUACUACUCGUGGACGCGGUUACCGUCCGCCGCGUCUACAGGGACAACUACACGAGGAAUAAGCAGAGGAGCGUCAGCACCAGCGUGACGAGUACAAGAACCACGGGAGCUGCGACCGGAUCCAAUGAGGUUCUUUUGCGACGGAGCGGCAUUUCGACCGUGCAAAUCGAUACUGGACGAACCACACAUGAGAAUGAUGAAGACGAGACCGCAACAGGCCCGGAUUGCGAAGGCACGCUGAAAUGGAAAAUGGAUUCGACGGCCUCGGGCGACACGGAGAUCUGGAGGGACACGCACGCAGACGCCGUAAGUUACUGCAAAUCUCCCGAUGUGGUCCCCUCUCUUACUGCCGCACAAGCCACCAGUUUCACCCGUCAAUUCCAAACGACCCUCGAGCCGGGUACUGGAGGCAAAAACUGCGACACAGUCGAGGAUGAACUGGUUCAAAUGCUGAAGGGCGAUCUGGGCGACGCCGUCUUCGACAGCCAACGCACAGUCGCCUGUAGUGACCACACGGCCAUCAACUGUGCCGGGCGCUGGAAAAUCAUCUCCGACCCGCCUUCCGAUUACACAGAGGAGUACGCUGACCUAGGGCUCGCACGGCACGCAGCCAUCCGGGAGUGUGUGGACCUGGGAAAUGACGCUGCGGAGAAUGUAAACAGGACGCUGCAAUUUGUGGUCGACCAGGAAUCCCUGAAUGGCGGAGAAUCUUGUGAGGAUUUCGUCAAUUCACAGAACAAUCCCACGAACGUCGUGGUCAAGAACGUCGACACUGAACAAAUCACACACGACGUAAUCUGCAAGGACCACCAAUGCGGGUGCACGAAGGGAGAGGUAGACACGAGCGACUCGGGGAAAGCCAAAUGCGAAGGCACUGGGAACGAGGAACAGAAUUGCGAGAAGUGCAAUCAAGGGUUCAAGAUUAGGGAAAACUGGCCCACCGUGAACCAGACUGGAUGUGUGCCGUUUUGCGGCGGACUUCCGCCGGCUGAGUGGAGUGCCACUGAUGGGACUUAUUACACGUUUUGGGGUUCGCUAACCUCUACCAGCCAUUGUCCGUAUUUUGUUGAGAAUUUCUUGACGCAGGAACAACUACUCGUUGUCCUCUCCGAGACAGGGUUGCGCAAUAGGUUUUGCAGAAAAGAAUAUGAUCCGGAGCGCGGCCUGGGUGGGUGUUUCGAGAAGAAGCAAAGCUGCAUCGAGCCGGACAGCGCUGCGGUUCAAAUUUCCUCAGGAUCAUGGAGCUCCUCCAUUUUAACCCGUGCCUCGUUGGCCCCCGGCGGGAAAAUUGUUCACGCAGGCACCUUUAGGGAAGUUGACCACGCGGUCAGCAUCCCCGAACUGAAUCCGUCGUGCCCGAGUCGCUACCAGGGCGAGCCGAAGUUUUACUGCACCGACGGCGGAGAGCCGCUAAGUGUGACCGGUUGCACACUUAUUCCCAGCGUGACGUACGAGUUUUACCUGACGAUCAAGGGGGCAAGUGAUACGGUUGCGGUAUGAAUUGCAAAAGCAUCGUACUAGUAUAAAUUGCAUUACAAAUCUUCUCAGCAUGAAAAAUUGAAUUUGUUAUGGUGUUUUACACUGGAAAGGACAUUUGUCAUGCAUAACUGCAAUUAGUACGAGUGCGAUACUUUUGCACAGGAUACGCGGACCUCGAUAGCAACGGGGAGUUCAAAGACGCCGUCAAGGAAGGGCUUCUGGAGUACCUUGGGAACGAAAAAGGUUUCGACCGAACCAAACUGAGCAUCGAAGAAGUGACUCUGGAAGUACACAGUGCGAGCGCUUCGUCCUUCGUGCAGCUGGGAACGACCACCGCCGUAGUUGAGCGACUUGUAAUAGAGGAAAACAUUGAACAAAAGCAGGCGACGAGGACGCACGUCGAACUCACGCGGAAGGAAAAGAAGAACAAGAAGCUUCAUACCGAAACAACAAAAGUUAUCAAAGUAACCGUGGUUGUCCGGCCCACUACUGCAGAUGUCGUUGUGAACAAUAUUUCCCUACCGGCUUCUGACGCAGACGAUUACUUUGAUACCGACGCGGACGCGUUGGAAAACCGGGUUAGUGACGCGCUCUUGGCUAGUACUAGCAGCCAACCAAGUGGCGCGUUGGCCUUGGCGGGUGUACAAGUCGGACGUGACUGCGAUGGCUUUCUUCAGUACGAAGUUCUUGGUUCUUCCGAGCCGACAGUACUCCCUUAUUACGAAAACGCCACAGACUACUGCAUCCAGCUCACCUCGUGGUCCGAGGCAGUGGCCACGAAUGUAACGCGGACUUUCAAAAUGACUUCCCCACAAAGCGGCCAAGGGCUUGACUGCGAUGCAAAGCACGCACAGCUGGAAAGGGUAGCACUGACACUUUUGAAGCUUGAGCCGGUAGUUCAGUGUAGCAAGUACGUGGAAAUCGAUUGCGAGGGGUACUGGCGGCUCACGCGUGUGGAGGACCACUCUGGUAAUAAUCAAGAAACGGAACUAUCCCAAACGGAAGCCAAUCUCGCCGACGCGCAGAGUGCGGCGGGGAACGAAUGUUCGAAGGAAGGGAGCGUGCUAACCGUGACGGACGUGAUACGCUUGGACUUUGUGCAAACAGUACAGCCGCGGAACGCUGGAGACAGCUGCGCAGUAGUUUCCGGGGGGAGUAUGGACGCCAGCGGCACGCUACUUCCAGUAGAGGUCAACUGUGCUGAUCACAUAGUGUUUGAUUGCGUUUGCAACCACGGGAACCCCGGGCCGCCGGCUCCGGUGUCUAGCGAAGGGAGCUGCACGGUCGCCGGCCAUCAGAAUUGCGAAAGCUGCACGACCGAGGGCUACAAAGUAAAAGACGACUGGCCGAGCACAGGCGAGAGGGGUUGUGUGCCGACGUGUGGCCCACUUCCGCCCACGUGGGACGCGACUUCCGGAACCUUUUACCGACAGGGCGGAUACGAAGACGAUGACUACUGCCCCAUCUUCAUCACAGAAGGAGAUGCACGCGCCGACGCGAUUGGUGCCGCAUUGCAGCAGGCUGCUGCCGGACAAACAGGACAGUCUGAGGAGGUGCAGAGGCUGUGCCUCUUUGGUGCCCACACCGAAGCGGACGCGGUCCCGAAUUUGAGCUGCUACAAAAAAUUGAAGAGCUGCAUCGCCCCGGGUCGCACGACCCUGCUCCAACUCGCGGCCCAUGACCGUAGUGGGUGGAACGAAGCCAUUCUCACAGACGAGAGCUUACUGCCUUCAGCCUCCAAGAUUCCACAAACUUCCUAUCCCGGCUGGGUUGAGUCGCUCUCGUGCAAAGUGAGUGGCACGCCGCAGUUUCGUUGCGAGAAAGCCGGGGAACCACUAGAGAUCGCCGGAUGCGCGGCUCUGGCUCGAGCCGCGUACUGGUUCCCGUUGCAGCUCACCGCCGACCGCGACACCGCGGUGGAGGACCUGACCAACAGCGAAGCACUGAAGGAGGCCGUGCUAGACGGGUUUAAAACUUACCUCAGGGAGAAGCUACCGGGGUCGCAGGACUUGAGCGGAUAUGCGUUUGAAGUGACACUGGAGGUGAAGGACCACGGAGCUGGUGACAGCAGUUCGUCGUCGUCCAGUUCUUCCUCCUUCCUGCAGUUGCGGUUUUUGCAGCAGCAGAAAGAGAAACGCAAACAAUCGGAGCGCGCACAGCUGCGCCUGGAGCGCAUCAAGAUGCACAUCAGGCGUCGCGCGAGUACUGGUCAACACGCCGGGGGGCGGGCCCAAGAACAUAAGGUUUUGGCACGACAUGGGAAAGAAGAGCUACGAGGAAAGAAGAGUGCGCCGAAUGCUCAGGAGUCUCAGCAGGUGCAACUCGAGGCCAAGGUCGAGGUCGAGGCGGCCGAGGACGCCGCCGUUGCCAAUGUGAGCAGCGCUCUGUCGGCGGCGGGCACCGACGCGGCAGACAGCGACGACGGCGCAGCGGUGCCGACCAACGUGGCGGCUGCUUUGGAAAGCAGCGUCAGCGAAGCUGUGAUAGUGAUUGCGAACUCGGCGGAAGAAGGUGCCGCUAUUUCGGGUGUGCAAAACGUCGGCUCAGACUGCGAGGGUUCGCUCGCGUGGCGGGAUUUGGGCUCUUCCGUGUGGGUUGGCACGCACGCUAAGGCCGUGGAGCUCUGCGAAGGUCUCGGCUCGUGGGAGGCGGCCGAGGCGACGACGUUCACCCGCACGUUCACAGUCACUGCUGAGGCGACGGGGGCUGGGAAGAGCUGCACUGUUGUAGAGGGGGAGGUUGAGGCGGAGAUGAAGACUGAACUAGGAGAAGAAGUAUUCAAUGAGCAGAGUACAGUCGCGUGCACGGACCAUUUGGACGUCGAUUGUGUCGGCGUGUCGACAUGGACGCUCGUAGGGAGCGGCCCCAGCGUUUCGUAUACUAACGCCGAAGCCGCCAAGCAAUAUUGUCGAGAAGAUGAUGGUGCGCAGGUGAGUGAUACCUUUACGAUGACUUUCACCGGAACAGAUCAGGCGAAGAAUGGUGGGGAGAGCUGCGACGCUAAGAAAACGCGUCUGGAAGAUGCGGAUGCUGAUGCUCCUGUCGAGUGCAGCGAUCUCACACCCGUGGACUGUGUCGGCGUGUCGACAUGGACGCUCGAAGGAGGCGACCCCAGCGUUUCGUAUACUAACGCCGCAGACGCCGAGCAAUAUUGUCGAGAAGAUGCUGGUGCGCAGUUGAGUGAUGCCUUUACGAUGACAUUCACCGGAACAGAUCAGGCGAAGAAUGGUGGGGAGAGCUGCGACGCUAAGAAAACGCGUCUGGAAGAUGCGGAUGCUGAUGCUCCUGUCGAGUGCAGCGAUCUCACACCCGUGGACUGUGUCGGCGUGUCGACAUGGACGCUCGAAGGAGGCGACCCCAGCGUUUCGUAUACUAACGCCGCAGACGCCGAGCAAUAUUGUCGAGAAGAUGCUGGUGCGCAGUUGAGUGAUGCCUUUACGAUGACAUUCACCGGAACAGAUCAGGCGAAGAAUGGUGGGGAGAGCUGCGACGCUAAGAAAACGCGUCUGGAAGAUGCGGAUGCUGAUGCUCCUGUCGAGUGCAGCGAUCUCACACCCGUGGACUGUGUCGGCGUGUCGACAUGGACGCUCGAAGGAGGCGACCCCAGCGUUUCGUAUACUAACGCCGCAGACGCCGAGCAAUAUUGUCGAGAAGAUGCUGGUGCGCAGUUGAGUGAUGCCUUUACGAUGACAUUCACCGGAACAGAUCAGGCGAAGAAUGGUGGGGAGAGCUGCGACGCUAAGAAAACGCGUCUGGAAGAUGCGGAUGCUGAUGCUCCUGUCGAGUGCAGCGAUCUCACACCCGUGGACUGUGUCGGCGUGUCGACAUGGACGCUCGAAGGAGGCGACCCCAGCGUUUCGUAUACUAACGCCGCAGACGCCGAGCAAUAUUGUCGAGAAGAUGCUGGUGCGCAGUUGAGUGAUGCCUUUACGAUGACAUUCACCAGAGAAGUGGACGCGAAGAAUGACGGGGAGAGCUGCGACGAUAUGAAAACGCGCCUGGAAAAUGAGGCUAGCCCGGUAAGCUGCGAGAAUCUCACGCCGGUGCAUUGCGAAGGUGUAUUACGGUGGGAAGCGGUCCUUCAAGACGGCAGCACGGAACAGAAGAGUGCCAGACCCAAAGCCAUUCAGUUCUGCGAAACUGCGCAGGCCGCGACCCUGGAAACCACCUUUCAACUUGUUUUCGUGCAGACGAGCCUCACCGGCGGCAUGAAUGGAGGAACCACUUGUACAGACAAGGAGGACCAACUGCGUGAUGCAGCUUUAUCCGAAGGGAGCGCCGAUCCCGUGAGCUGCAGCGAUCACAAACCCGUCGAUUGCGCCGGGCAUUGGGAACUCUUCGAAGAUGAGGAUGCCGAAGAUCCGAGUGGAAUAUCAUACGCAAGCCUCACCCUCGCGCGCACCGAAGCGAUCCAGCAGUGCAAGGCUGCUGACCCUCCCAGAACGGUGGAAAACACUGUAAAAGUGGCGCGCUUCAACGUGACGCAAGUGCCGCUAAACGACGGGCGGAUCUGUGCGGACCUCAGUCUUCCGCACAACGAAGGAGCUGACGGCUCGAGUGUGGUCAUCGACGAGGUCGGUAGCGUGCUACAGCAUGCUGUCGCCUGUGCCGACCACAUCACCUAUUACAUUUGUGUUUGCAGCAAUGGAAACAAAGAUGAUAUUAACGAGUCCUUCUGCAACGGCACGGAUUACCAGCACUGCGAAAGCUGUGACAGUGGAUACAAGCAGAAAGAGGACUGGCCCGCCGGAGGGCAGACUGGCUGCGCUCCCAAAUGCGGGGACGCGCCCGCUGCAUGGGAUCCGAUGACAGGAAUCUGGUACGAACUACAGCCUUCACGGUCGUCGGAGGAUUAUUGCACCGCGUACCAACACGUUUCGAGUGAUCUUACUGUCGCCCUCGCUGAAGACGAUGACUCACGAAGCACCGUGCGGGAGGCCUGUGAGGACGAGUGCUACACACAGAAGCGAACUUGCCUACCAGUUCCAGCAGAGUCGCCUUUCCGCUCUCAGGCCGAUUUUAAAUUAUCCCCCACAGUAGACACGACUGCAUGGCGAGAUGCGCUUGUCAAUGAAGACUUUGCCGCUGUUGCCGAGAAUUGUGCGGUCGGGUACAGCGGUUCGCCCUCGUUUUCGUGUGACACCUCCGCAGCAGCUUCGGGUCCCCCGUUUCCUCUGAGUAUGACUGGUUGCGAGCGGCUGCCGUAUGCGGAGUACACGUUUCCACUCCAGGUGAGGAUCGUUCAGGGCGCGGGCUCCGGCCCCGCAAGCGCGCAGGACCUCGUGGAAAAUGUCGACUUCAAAACGGCUGUAAUAGACGGCUUCCGAGCGUAUCUCAGCAAUUCCGCUUCUAUUUCGGCACAAGACGUGACAGUCGAAUCGGUUUCGCUGACAGGCGCAUCUGCGAGUGCUAGCAGCAGUUCUUCUUCCUUUCUUCAGGUGAGACGAACAGCGAGGCAGGCGCGGAAAGAACACGUCGCGCGCGAGCAUGCAACGCUGCGGCUCGACGAGAAGGUACAGCGUCGAACCGGAAGAAGUCGAACCCAAAUCAAGAAAAUGCAGCAGAAGGAGAAAGUAGCCUCUUCCGUGGGCGUAGCAACACUGACGGCCGCCGUCAUCGUUAGCGCCUCGACGGCUGCGGGGGUAAGUUCCGUCACAACUGCGCUGGGAGCCACACCAGGAACGCCCGGCAGUUCUUUGACCGUAGGGAACGCCAAUGCGCAGGCUGGCUUGGUGAACAGUGUUAGUACAACAAUCGCCGCUUCGGGGUCAAUUCCUGGCGUGGCAGUGGGACAGGACUGUGAGGGGAGUCUGGAAUGGCAGUUGACCUCGGACACAAACGCCCAGUGGUGGUCAAGCCAUGCGUUAGCCGUCGCCGAAUGCAAAAGCCUCGGCUCUUGGACUGAUGCAGUAGCUACAAGCUACACCCGCAGGCUGAGAGAAACUGUCGCGCAAACGGGGGCGGGGAGGACCUGCGACGUUGUCGAACAAGAGUUGGAGGCCGAUCACAGUGCGAACCCCCCGGCGCAGGAAGUUGUUGAGUGCGAAAACCACAAGGACAUUGACUGCGAGGGACACUGGCAAGUGACGCUAAAUAGCGAAACGGUGAGCAACUUGGCCCUCGCCGAUGCGCGGACCAGGGGAAUCAGCGAGUGCUUGGCCACCGACCCGGACGUCGCGCAGGGCGUUAGCAAGCAGCUGACCUUCGUGAUCACCGAGCAGCCCCGGAAUGACGGCACUACUUGUGCGGAGUUAAUCACGAUGAACUUGAACAACGGCGACCCACCCAUAAGCAACGAGGCGCAACUUCAAGACACAGUGGCCUGCCAGGACCACCGGCACUGCCACGGGGAGUUGUGGUGGGGUCAGAGUGCAGGAGGGAUAUGCGGUGCGGGCGUGCAAAUGUCUGAUGCAAUAGAGCCGGGUGUCUGCUACAAGUCGCGCACCGACGCGAUCGAUUACUGUGAGGCGCAGGCCUACAAUAGCCCCACGCCCACCAACGUCUUCGCGAUCCGGUUCCACGAAACGUUUUCUCCCGUCGGAGAUUACGCUGAAAACUGCGACACGGUGAAGAACGGCCUGGAGAGCGCGGUGGCGGAGACCGGGCAGGUGUCUUGUGCAGAGUAUGCGCACUGCAAAGGGAUCUGGAAGUGGGGAGAUUAUGAAAGCCAGGCUGCCGCGAUCCAGGCCUGCGUGGACGACGGACCUUUUUAUGACGUGCACACCCGCGUGUUCGUUGAGGUAGCUGGUUCGGCCGGGAUUCAUGGCAAGGACUGCACGACAAUUCGGGAUGAGGAAUUGGACUCUGCGCCCAUCAAAGACACGCAAAGCGAAGUACGCUGCGAGAACCACACUCCCCGGGACUCGGCGUACCAGUGGGUGUGGCCGGCUGGCCUGGCAUCGGAGGGGAAUCGAGAAACCGCGUGCAGAGACGAUUCCACUUACAACACCGACUUGGACUCCGAGAUUUUGCAAGUUUUCGAGUGCGUGGAUGACAGCUUGGUGGCGAACACCGGGCGCGACUGCGCUACGUUAGAAACGGACACUGUCGACGAGCGGGAGAGCUUCUCCUGCUGGCACCACAUCGUGUGGGACUGUGUGGGGCAGUGGGAGCACACGGAUACCACGCAGAGUCCCCCGGUGCUCACCGCAAUGACGCCGGCUGAGGCCGAGGCCAAAUGCAAGGAAAGCGUAGACAACUUUGACGACGAGUACGAGUUGACGUUCCACGUAACCCAGCCGCAGCACACCACCGGCACGAGCUGCGCGAUAGCAGCGGGCGUAGUUCCGAACGGGGACGGAGACAUCGUGAAGACGGUACUGUGUUCAGAGCACACUGAACGCGACUGCACGGGCCAGUGGGUCUGGGAAAUCGACGGGCCCACCUCGGAGGAGGACGCGCAGGAUAAGUGCAAAGAGGACGAUGUACCGAUCAACACCAUAUAUGAGCAAACGUUCGAGAAGCUGCUGGAGAACGCAAACGGAGGCGACAGCUGUGACACGGUGGAGGCGGCUAUGGUAGGGUCGAAAAUAAUCGUGGACUGCAACGAUCACAAGCCGGUGCAUUGCAAGGGAGAGUGGAGGUACGACCCUCUGAGUGUUGGAGCUCUCCUGGAAAAGGCAAGUGUGGAGAACUACUGCAGCGUUGGCAACGAGGAAUUGUAUGAUGACGUAUUUGCCGCGGAAGCCUGGUACUCAAUUUCCACCGAGGUCCGAAAUGGCGGAGAUAAUUGCGCGACCGUGCAGAGCAACGCCGACCGGCCGGCCGACGUUAAGUGCGAGGAUUUCACGCCAGUGGACUGCGCGGGGGAGUACCAGUGGAAGAUCAACGACACCCACUUUGUCCAAGACCGGUCCCGUAUGGAUGUGUCAGGAUCGAAAUCGACAAAGUUGAAAUAAUUUGUGAUGCAUAAAACGGAUGCCAGUUGGAGCCCACUUUCCAAGCGGCGCAUGACAAAUUUGGGUAGAGCCGAAAUCCAGUUUGUAGUGCUGUUUGGGUAAGAAAGACGCCUUUUGUCAUGCUGCUUUAGCAGCUCUAUGUCUACCCCUGAACAGGCUUACAAUCGGCCUCCCUUGCCUACUCUGCAAAACAGGCAUUUUGUGGGUUGCAUUUUAUGCAUCACAAACUAUUUCAACUUUGAUGAUUUCAAACCUGACACAUCCAUAUCCCGGGUCGUGCAGAUGUGUGCCAACAGCGAGCUGGCGGAAAGCGCGAUGAUCCCGCACGUUUUUGUGGAACGGGAGUGGACCAUCGGGGCGUUGAGCGGAACCGGGAACAGGAACGGCGGUAAGAGCUGCAGUGCCUUGGAAUCGGAGCUGAAUCAGGAACCGGAUCUCGCCUGCGUCGACAAUCAAAAAGAGCCCUGCGUGAUUGAGUGGCAGUGGCCGGCAGCGUACGGAAACUUCGCGGCAGUGGAAGAAUACUGCCGCCUAGACACCACCGACGCAUCAACAAGCGUGGAGCAGAUAUGGGUCCAGACCGAAGCGGCAGAGAAUGGCGGAAUGACGUGCGAACAGGUUGCACUCGAUCAGAUUGGGACCCAGAAACAAACCGUUUACUGCCUGGCCUACAAGCCGACUCCCUGCGUGGGUAGUUGGGGGUGGGGGGAUGACCACCCGACUUCCGCACUGGCGGCGGUGGACCAAUGCAAAGCAAAUGACUACGCAGACGGCCUGAACAACGAGAUCUACCAGCAAACUUUCGCCGUGUCCGCGAACCCUACAAACGGGGGGAGCGAUUGUGCCACAGUGGCGGAUGCUGCCCAAUUCGACCCCCCCAAAGAAGUCCGGUGCGCCGAUUACGUCCCCUGUGUGGGGACCUGGGACUGGCCCAGCCCCUACGGAGACAAAACACAAGACGAGGUCAUCCAGGAGGCGUGUUUGACUGGUACUCACGAUCCUUCAAAAGAGAUCAAGCAAGUUUUCACCGUUUCGCGGGAAAACGGGACUCUGGCCGAUCCGACCUGCGAGCGUACGAGGAUGAAAAUUGUUCUUGUCUGCGAAAUCAAUUCGUGCGAGGAUGGAACAACGUGUAGAAGAAGCUGCGAACAAAUUACAUGUUUUGGUUGCUUGUUAAAGUCGUUUUUUGCCAUGCGCGCAUUUCUACUAUGUCGUUGUGGACCGACCUUUGUGCAGUUGUGAUAUCAUGCGUGUUGUAGUGCCGAUGUUUUCAUUCGGAUUCGUGGUACACUUUGAUUGACGCAGUGUUACUAUGCGUGCCUUUUAUUUUGAUUCCCAAAGUCACGACGAUGUCACCGAUCUGAGAACAAUUUUCAUCCUGAUAAAGAAGUUGCGAACCGAUACAUGGAACGAAGACAUGCGGAAGGUGGAUUGUGAGUCGCACAGAAACUGUGCGGGGGAGCUUCGCUGGGUUUCUAAUCUUGAGGGCGCAACCGAGUUUGACAAUCAUGCCGCCGCAGUGCUGCACUGUCAAGGCUUGUUCGAUGACUCUAACUUGGGUAAUCUCCCGGAUCCAGCGGAUCUUCCGAAUUUAAAGAGAACCUUUCACGUUCUGGCGGACGCAGCCGGCGAAGGUGGCAGCUGCGCGGACCUGCAGCUUGAGCUGGAAAGAGCCGCAGAUACGUCGAGCCACGAGGAUGUGAGCUGUGCCGACUAUCAGCCGUGCGUGGGAUCCUGGGACUGGCCCGAUGAAGUGGGCGGUACGAAGACCGGCGCCAUCGACAAGUGUCUGAAUGACGCGGAUUACGCGAGCCAAACGGUCAGCCGAGUCUGGGUGGAAACCAGGGCUAACGGACCGAUGGGAAGCAGUUGCGCAGAUGUGAAGGCGGAACUCAAAACCCAAAUCGAGACGAACCAGAACUUCGCGGUCGACUGCAGCAACCACAAGCACUGCUAUCCCGCACAGAAGUACACCCAUAGCACCAGAAAAAACAGAUAAAGAGUCAAACAAUAUACAAUUUGUGUUGCGUGACAAUCUUUUUCAGUGCCUCCUUAACUCGAUUGUUAACAGGGAAAAGAGCGCAUGUGCCGCUUAUACAUAGCUGUAUUUAACAAGAAUAUUUGGAUGAGCAUGCCAGAAAGUCACCACACCAUCACCUCUGUCUUGUAGUAUUCGACGCAUUAGCGCUAGCGUAGUUCUUCUGACGCUAUAUCAAAAUCACUGUUGUACUUCUUGUAAGAACCGUGAGAGACAUAUUUCUAUCCUGGGGCUAUUAGUGUGCUACUUUUCUGGAGGAUAAGUGCGCCAAGAUGUUCAUUUGGAGAGAGAAUUCUAAUGAAGUCGGGUUCCUCACCCGUCAAGCUGCCAUUGACGGAUGUUUGGCGCUGGAUGCAAAUGACAGCGUUGCGGCGGGAAAUUUGGUUCUCGCCCGACAGUGGGGUACCCAAGACGGUUCUUUAGGGAACCAUCUGGGAGCUGGGACGAAAUGCUGGGAUCUAAAAGAAGAGUUACUAGCGGCGCAGCCACCGCCAGGUGGCCCCGUUACUUGCAGAAAUUUCUUGCCCUGCAAAAUCAAGUGGAUUUGGAGCCCCGACCACGCAAACGAGAAUGACGCGAUCGACACGUGUUUGGCGAACCCGAGUCUGUCGACGAGCGGCUACGUGAUCCAACAAAAUUCUACCAUUACGCGCACACGUGGAGCUAAUGCCGACAGCAGUAUCGCGUGCGUAGAGGAGAACACACGCAGCGAGGUAAACUGUGCCGACCACUUAUGACAUUGAACAAGCAUUACCCUCUUUCUCUUUCCCGGAAUAGACAAGCAGGCGUGCGUCUUUUCUUUCUAUGAACCGUUGAUUAUGUAUGUCUACGACCAGCUACAACACUAGGCGAAAGCAUGUGUUGCAACGUCACAGUUUGACAUUGAGUUUCGAACUGAGGAGACGGUUCAUGGUUCCAUGUUCUCGUGCAGGUCCUGGUCAAGAAAAAAUAAAGAACAGAUCUGCAAGAACAUCCACUUCAUGAUUCUAGCACACAUAAGUAUCCGUCAGCCUCAGGGAACCAGCAGAGCAAGACCAAGAGCAUUUCUUGUUUUGCUUUUGUUGCACUGACUAUUCAGGGACGAGGACCGAGUUAGAGGGUGUUUUUCAAUGUGACAGUGGCGGCACUGCGUUGGGUCCCUGAAGUGGGUGUACCAGAGUUCCUCAUUGGAUACCUUCGCCGAUGCAGAGGCGUAUUGCCGUCUCGCCGACGCGCGCCACGCGGCAGCAGGAGGAUCUUCCGGGGGUAGCAGCGCCGGGGUCGGGGAGGUGCUUAUCAGACAGUUCGUGAAGCAGACCGACGAGGUGGGUAGCUUCGGCACCUCGUGCGCCACGCUCGAAAGCGACCUGGUCGCCCAGAGCAACUCUGCGUCGGAAGGCGACGUGACUUGUACGGAGUACCUCCCCUGCCAGGGCGAGUGGGCGUGGAUCGACUACGCCAACGAGGAAGCCGCGAGAGAGGCCUGUCUCGCACUGAGCGACGGUGAGAAAGACACAACCGUUUACCGGCAGACCUUCAGGCAAACCCGACCGGCGGGAACCAAAGGCACCCCUUGCGACGCGGUCGAGGCCGCUUUGCCCGGCCGCGGAGAGGUGCCCUGCAGUGGGCAACGCGAUUGCGACGGCUACUUGCAGUGGGGCGGCAGUUUCACGGAUAGGCAGGACGCGGAGCAGUUUUGUCACGACCAGGCGGCGCUGUGGGUCGCAGCCGGUAGCGACCCGUCCAAUUUUUCCAUGCUACCUACUCAAACACGCACCUUCGUGGUGACGGUGUCAGCACUGGGCAGUGGGUUAACGUGUGCAGCAAAAGAACAGCAGCUGAUCACGGAUUCAAAUGGAGACGUCCUCUGCACGUACUACAUUCCCUGCCAGGGCGUUUGGAAGUGGGGACCAUACCUGACCGUCGAGGCGGCGGAGGAAGGCUGCAGAGACGACGCGCCAGCAAACUUCGACGACAUUUACGAGCGUGACUUUACUAUCACAAACAACCCCGCCGCAAACGGGAAGAGCUGCUCUGUGGUCCAAGAAGCACAGCUGGCGGAAAAAUCGGAGACGGAACGAAACACCCCUGUCGUCAAGUGUAAGCACUUCACCCCCGUAGACUGCGAGGUCGAGUGGUAUUGGCCGGAUGGUCAGGAAACGAAAGAAAAACGCGAAGCUUACUGUAGGGCGAGCGCAGUAAAGGAAGACGAAGUGCUCAAGCAGCUGUGGCGUGAGGUCGCCCCACCCCUCAACAACGGCGCCAGCUGCGAGGAUGUUGCGAACUCAGACCAGCAAGCUGGCGUGCCCGCGACCGAGGACUGCCACCCUUUUCACGUCGACUGCGAGGGCAGCUUCCAAUGGGCCCCGGACCACGACUCGGCACAGGCGGCCCAGGCCGCGUGCGCGGCGAGCAAGGGGAUGCAAGACGUCGUGGUGCGGCAGAACUGGACGGUGACCACGGAACCGACCCGAUUCGGGAAGACCUGCGAAGUUGCCGAGCAAGAGACGACGGCGACCCCGUUAUCCGUGGGGUGCAACGACUUCAUCCCGCUUGAUUGCCUUGGACAGUGGGUCUGGCCCGCCGGCGGGACGUUCGACGAGCAGGCGGCGAUUGACCAGUGCGAAAAGGACCCCAGCCUCGGGUUGGACAGCGAGGUCGCGCAAAUUUUCCAGAUCACGCGCGAGGCCCGGCGACCACCAGACUACACCGGCCCUCUGGAGACGUGCGCGGAACUCCAGGCGCGCACGAAGGAAACCGACCAAAAGAUUGUCCGGUGCGCUAACCACAUCCUGGUCGACUGCGAGGGGCAUUGGGAACCGUAUAAGACGCUUGCCGAGGUGGAAACUGCGUGCAACGACCCCGCCAGCGUCCCGCACAUCGCCGGCAAUUUCGCUUUGCAGUUCGUCGUGGAGCAGGAGGGUCUGAACGCCGGGAAAACGUGCGAACAUUUGGCUAACGAGACCAACUUUCUGCUGCCCGACACGUUUUUCUUCAACACGGAAGAUGGUGCGGCCGCAACACGGCAGCUGAUGCGGACCACGACGGGAGAGGACGAGGACAAAAUGGUGCUGAUCAACGAACAGAUCCAGUGUGCGGACUUCAUCACGACGACUCCUGCUGGUGGAGGCACCACCAGCACUACUACCAAAGCGCCAGAAGAAACGGAAGAAGAAACCACCGAGGAGGAAGGUGGCGUGCCCAUGGUGGUGAUCGUGGUGCUGAUCGUGGGGCCGCUGGUACUUCUAGGUCUGGGCAGCUUGAUCGCGCUGGUGGUGUGGAAGUUGGUGCCGCACGACUACAGCCUGCUGGAGGACGACGGCCUACUACUUCCGGAAAAUAUGGAUCCGGAGCAGGGAGGAGCGGACAAGGACAAAGAUGGCGUAGCCAACAACUACGUGCACCCGGGCGAGCACAUCAUCCAGGUGCGCAAGUCGGCCGCCACACGGGAGCGGGAGGAGCAGGCGCAAAUCGCCAUGCUGCAGGCGGAGCCGAACAGUGCAAACCGGUACACGGAGCAGGCGUUGUUUAGUAUCGCCGAGUCGGGGCAGCUGCCAUAUGGGUCCUCGUCCGCGGAACCGGUCACCAAGGACUCCUCCGGGGAGCCGCACGACGAGUUUUUUUCCAAACACGACCACGUAGGGGACCCGAUCGACAGCCGGGCCACGGAUAACACAACCAUGUUCAACAUAUCACACAGAAAAAAACUGGCAGGUCAUAUUUGUAAUGCAAAAAUAAACUGACAAAACAAUAACAAUUUGUAUUGCAUAUCCUAAGUAGCAUGCUAUGAGGCCGCCCAUGACAGAUUUUGCUGUGUAUUUAUUUUUGCAUUACAAAUAUGCCCUGCCAGCAUUUUGCUGUGGGAUACAACAUCCCCAAAGCCUACGUGCGGUCCGGGUCCCACAACCACGGCGGGGCUCCGAAGCUUCCCCACGAGCACCUGGACUACACCUCACCGGAGAGCGACGGCGGGGAACAAGAUGGUAGUGCACCUUCGUCGGCACCGGUGUCGGGGGCGGUAGGGAGGAAGAAGAAGAAGAAGGUAGUCGGGGGUGGGGACACUACUACGCCAGGGGCGGCCGGUGCUGGUACCAAGAAGAAAAAGAAGAAGGCCGCUGCAUUUGGGGCAAAUACAACGAACGCAUCAGACGACGGCCCGACGGAUGACGCGGAAACGUCGAACCCUACCGGAGAUGAGCACGACACGGCCUCCUCGCACAAACAAGAGGGUGGGAGAAAAAGCAAAAAACCGGGCGUGAAGAGGAAAAAACCGGCCGCGAAGGACGGCUCCCCCUCGGACACUGGUGCAGCACCCGCCAAGAAAAAGGCGGCGGGCUUGGGCGGUUUGAAGAAAAAGAGGAAGGCCGAGGGCGACGCGGUCGCAAUAGUAGACACGACCGGGGCCGUCGUGGUGGGGAGGGAAGAUAGUGAGGAGGAUGUUGCUCUGGAGCAGCUCCUACCAAUAGACUCGGGAGAUGAAGUAUCGUCGGAGCAGUUGUCCGAGGACGGGUCCUCGUCCAUAGAUGAAGAUACCGAUAGGAGUGCAGGCCAAAGAACUAGCAGCUCCGAUCAAGGUGAGACAGAUGAAGAGGACAGACCUUUCUUAAGAAAAAGGCCGUUAGCGCCGUAG